AUUCCAUUUAUAUCUUCUAAUCUCUGAAUAAUAUAAUUUCCCACAAAUGACGAUUCCUCUUGACUUUUCCCAUUCAAACUCGAAUUGUGUAACUGACUCUGAAGAUACUGGAUAAUUGCGUGAGUGUCAAAUGCCCUGUCGUCUGUCCCUUUAAAUGCUCCCAAAUCUUUAGUUCGGCAAUCAGUAGUUCUGUCAUCCUCAGGGACGGACUCAAUGUUACUGGUAGUGAGCAUGUCUGGGUGCUCCACUAUUCUGUGCUAAACUUAGCCCUGGCAAUAACUCCUCUCAUCACACUAACGUGCUUUUGGGUUACAAUGGAACCGGUGAAUGGUGUAGAGUUACCACCAAUGGAGCUGGAUUGCGAUAGGAACACUGGCCGAACAAGAUAGAAAUUCUUAGCUUCUGGAGCUCUUUUCUCUCUUUCAUUCUGUUACUCUACAUAUCACCUUGGCGUUCUUCUGUGUCACCAUGGGCAACUAUAGCUCUGCCCUCACCGCGGACAUUGAAGAUUUUGAUGCUGUUGUUUCGGUCACUGAGACGCUGAAUCAAUUGGCAGCACACGUGGAAGACGAAAGGUUUCAGUCACAGAUUCUGUCAUUGGCUGCUCAGUCUAACCCUGACUUACAGGAAGACGUACAGGUGGCCCCUACACAGGAGGGAGAGGUGAAAGAGGAGCUGGACCUCUCCUCUGUCAUAUCCCACAUCAGCACCCAGACGGCACCUAUAAACACCCCUGUUUUACCUGUGAUUGAAAAGAAGCCUCACCGCCCUCCAAGGCAGACAAGGCUCUCCUCUUCAUCAUCCACUGUUGCCAGUGUUCCCCACCCCUUCUCCACCCUCCUCCCUGGGGCUCUCUCUGCUAUCCUGCGUGUGACCCUGCCCCCUCACCUCACCUCUAACACCAAGCCCAGGAGGGAGGCAAGUGCCCAGGGCCCACUGACCCUAGAACAGCUGCAGACAGAGCUCCGGGACCUGAGGGACGAGGUACAACUGAUGAAGAGCCAGCACAACAAAGAGAUUCAACUGCUGAUGAAUGAGUUGGAUGAGGAGAAAAGGAUUCGUUUGUCAGUACAGAUGGAGGUGGCACAGAUGAAGAAGCACAAGUCCAAAUGAGCUGUCGGGCUCAAACAGCAUGACAUCCCCAACAAAGUUUGAACAGGCGGUAAUCUGUCUCAGCCUCUGUUUUGGUUUAAAGACUCAAUUGUUUGACCAGUUUGUUGUGAUCUGUUGGAUAGGUGAUUGGAAAGAAGCCUCACCACCCUCCAAUGCACACAAAAUGAAUUAUCAAUGAUUUAUGAAACUCAAACUAUAUAGUGAAUGUUGAAGUUAACUCAUGAGCAUCUUGUACAGAGACCUUUUAUAUUUGCUUAUUUAACUUUUUUAAAUAAAAUUAAAACCAAUCAUGUUCUAA